AUGCCUCGUACAAGGCGAGUUGCACGUCGCGCCGACGCUCCACCACGCGAGUCCGCUCCUGUAGAGGACGACCCAGCCGGAACCAAGGCUGAAUUCGUCCACGUAGACGAAAUCUUUAACGAGGAGAAGUGUACAUGGGACCUUCGGGACAGUGCUCCCUAUGAACCAAAGCAUGAAGACUCGGAGAGGAGCCCUUACCAUGAUUACUGCUUUUUGGUCAAAAAACGAUAUCAGGUCAACUCUGCCAAAUAUACGCGCUACAUUGUCAUCAAGAGUAAACAGCUUCGAGACGCCCUGAAUAAGGCCAUCAACGACUCGACUGUUAUAUAUAGCUAUGUAGACGAACCCGAGGUCAUCCCGGAUAGUUUCCUCCCAUAUUACUAUAUUCUCCUCGAAUACCUCGACAAUUUGGACGCAAAGACACCAGAAGAUUCGGACGACUCUGUCAUUCAGCAGCUCGAUCUUCUUCUCGACUUUCUAAGGACCGAGUAUUCAACUUAUCUCGCUGCUGUUGACGCGCAGAUAGCCAACGGUGUAAUAUCAUUCGAUAACCUCCGAGCGAUACUGAUCCCUGGACGCGAAUUUUACAUCGCAGACAGUCUCACUGGCCAACCUCGUGCCGUCAUUCUUCGCGAGGCGACCAAACAUCAGAACUAUAACGAAUCUUGUUACUAUGCACUCUCCUGCGAGUAUCUGGAAUCCUACGGGAGGACACCCACGGAGACUAGCGAUUCUAGUCGAGGCCCAUUUGGCAGAGCGACCCAGAGCACAAUCAUCCAAGAAUUCAAAGGAACUCGCAAAAUCAACUCUUUCCGAUGCUUUCCAAUGGAAUACCACCCACGUAAAGAACAAGUUCGUCGGAUGCUCAUCUCUAGGGGGAAAAAGUGGGCUUCGUACGAUGGAAUGCACCACGUCACCUAUAAUGGUGUUGGGUACAUUGGAGGUGUGAAACAUUAUUUCAAAGGGCGUAGUAUUAUCGACAAAGCCACUUAUCGGCGGAUCAACCCUCACUCCGGCGUCCCAGUUCCCGACCGAGCGCUUCGAAGCGAAUACGACGGCGACGACAUCGAUGAGACUAUGAACAGCGAUACACAGGCGGUGGAUGAACGUGGACUCACGGAAGACGACUAUGUACUGGCCACUCCAAUCCUCUAUGGAUUCUCACUAGAGGACAAGGAAUGGGCCACAUUCUGCGUUGAUCUCGUCGAGAAGAUUGUCUGGAGCGAUGAGGCGUUUGAUAAUCUGGUCCUUCCGGCUGAAAAGAAGUCGCUCAUCAAGUCGUUGGUCGAAACCCAUGGUGAUAAGAGGAAAGGAGCUUUCGACGAUUUCGUGGUUGGAAAGGGAAGAGGCCUCGUUGUCAAUCUAUUUGGCCCACCAGGAGUCGGCAAGACAAUGUCUGCAGAGGCUACAAGCGAGCGUGAAUCUCGCAAGCCCUUGUACGUUGUCGGUGCGGGCGACUUGGGUACCAACUCCCAUUCUCUCGAUGCAAUGCUAUCGCAGAUCUUUGACAUUGGACAUACGUGGAAUGCAGUUGUCCUCAUCGACGAGGCCGACGUCUUCUUGGAAGAACGCUCCGUCCAUGAUCUCGAACGCAACGCUCUCGUCGCUAUAUUCCUUCGCCAACUGGAAUAUUUUGCCGGAAUCCUCUUCUUGACCACCAAUCGCGUCAAAACGUUUGAUCCAGCUUUCGCAAGUCGCAUUCACAUUGCGUUGCACUACAACGAGCUCGACGAGGCCACAAAGGGUACAAUUUGGAAAGCAUUCUUGGCAAAGGUGGAUGCUGUGGGUGCCAUUGAGGAGAAGGAGUGGGAGAUUUUGAGGACCAAGAAUGUCAAUGGACGGCAGAUCAAAAACGCCGUCAAGACUGCGCAAGCCCUCGCGCACAGUCGGCAGGAGAGCCUCACAUUUGCGCAUAUUGAUCAAGUAUUGACCGUGAUGGAGCAAUUCGAACGAGAUCUUCUUAGAGUAGAAGGUGUUUAG